CGUAUUUGACUCCGCCCCCUCAUGCUGCUGCUGCUGGAGCAGUGUUGGAGUCUCUAUGUUUCGGCACCAGACUGCCGGACCGACACAGUCGCAGCUGUCGAUUUAUUGUUGUUAUUCUCAGUAAAGAAAAAAAAUGGCUUCCGACGGCAUGGAUGAGCGUUCGCCGUUACUGUCGGCGCAAAACUCUGGCAAUGUGACGCCCACGGCGCCGCCGUACCUCCAGGAGCCCAGUCCGAGAGCCGAGCUUCCUCCCCCAUACACAGCCAUUGCCAGUCCUGAUACAGGAGGAGUGCCAGUCAUUAACUGCCGAGUGUGUCAGUCUCUCAUAAACCUGGAUGGGAAGCUCCAUCAGCACGUUGUGAAGUGUACGGUGUGCAAUGAGGCCACGCCAAUCAAAAACCCACCAGCUGGGAAAAAGUAUGUCAGAUGUCCCUGCAACUGCCUGCUAAUUUGUAAAGACACAUCCCGGAGGAUAGGAUGCCCUCGACCCAACUGCAGACGGAUUAUCAACCUGAGCCCAGUGAUGGUGAUCCCAGAGGAGCAACCUGCACAGCCAGCACUUCCUAUUCAGCCCGAAGGCCUGCGUGUGGUGUGCGGCCACUGCGGCAACACGUUCCUCUGGAUGGAGCUCCGAUUUAAUACACUGGCCAAGUGUCCACAUUGCAAAAAAAUCUCUUCUGUUGGCAGUGCUCUACCCAGGAGACGCUGCUGCGCCUACAUCACAGUAGGAAUGAUCUGCAUUUUCAUCGGAAUUGGACUAACAGUUGGAACCCAAGAGUUUGCCAGCAGGUACCAUGCUACCUACGUGUCAUGGGCCUUUGCGUAUCUGCUCGGUCUUAUCUGCCUGGUACGGGCCUGCUACUGGGGAACGAUUAGAGUCAGCUAUCCAGAGAACACCUUUGCAUAGAUGAAGUGUCCGUGAUCAUUCAUUUAACCCUUUUAGGAUUUAAUUUUAUCCUGAUUUUAACAGGUGUACAUUUGACUUGUCAUUCUAUGUAGGCGAGCUAUAACCGAGGCUGGAAAUUUACGCAUUAUAUUCUGAUCGAUUGGGUGUAAAAUAUAUUUAUAUGUAAAUUGUCUGACUGAUCAAAUAUUUAAAGUAUGUGGAAAUCAGCAUUGGGAAAUGAUAUUUUGAUCAUUUGGAAGAAUUCAAGUUUGGUACGUAUGCCUCAUGGAUUGUUGUAACUCCUACUGGAUAGACUGUGCGUGUGCUGCGUUUUGUUAACGACUUGACCAAAAUGAACAAUUUGUCCAUUGCACUACAGUUUUAUGCAAAUAUCCUGUUCUUUUUGCUGCUAGUUGUCAGCUGUAAAAAAGCUGCAAGUUGUUAAGUAUUAAAAGCUGCCCACUCUAAACAAGGUACUGUGUUACAUUUAUAUAAUCUUACAUCUUACACGUGCCAACAUUUGUGUUCAUAUCUCUUAGGGAAGAAAAUUUAUCUCUGCUCUUAAAUCCAUAUUGUUGGAGCCGUACUGUGAGAGAUUAUUGCGGCUUUUCAGAGUAAUUAAAAACGGCAUGCUUACAAACGUCAAAGCUCAUCAUUUGACUCCAGUGAGAUUUAAAUGUUUUGCAUGAUAUUAAUUUGUACCACAUAUCUGUUUUUUUCAUGUCAAUGAAAGGUCACUGGGGAAGUGGUAGGCCCUACUGUCUAGCCUUCCUCUCUAUAUGUAGAAUGGAAACGCCUCAGCUACCAUGUUCACGCUAAUAUCACAGUAGUUCCCUAACUUUGGCAGAGCGACUGGGCACAACUAUAGUUACUAAUCCUGGUCUGAAUGUGAAAAGCAAGUUUCUUUGUACAUAGUUUAUUCAUCGCACCAAGACUAACUUAAGUUGGAGUAUGGUUUGGGUCUUUUUGAAAAUGGUAAUUUAUCAAUAAAAUAAAAAGAACUCCCA